AUGUCUGCCCGCCUCUUCCCGCGGCCUCUAUUCCGCACAGCGCACAUACUUACACCACGGCGCCCCAUCACCACCCCUCGCCGCCCCUUCUCGCACACCACCCCCCGCCCCAGCGCACCCCCGCCCCCACCCGCCUCGAAACCCACGCUCUCCGCCCGCCUCAAGUCCCUCUCGAAAGAAUACGGCUACUCCGCCCUGGGCGUAUACCUCGCACUCUCCGCACUGGACUUCCCGUUCUGUUUCCUGGCCGUGCGCACGAUCGGCUCCGAGCGCAUCGGCGAGUACGAGGAGGUAGUUGUGGCGCACGCUAGGGGGUGGUGGAAUGUUGCUGCGCCUGUGGCCGGGUUGCCGGUUUGGCGUAAGGGGAGGGGGGAGGGGGAGCUGGAGGAACUGAGGGAGGCAGAGGGAGAGGGGGGGAGGGGGGCGGCUAUGCACCACGCAGGCAUCUGGACGGAGCUGGCGCUCGCCUACGCGAUACACAAGAGCUUCAUUUUUGUGCGCGUGCCGCUGACGGCCGCGGUGACGCCAAAGGUUGUCAAGACCCUGCGCGGGUGGGGCUGGGAUAUUGGACGGAAGGGCGCGGUGAGGAGUACGCUUGAGAAGGCGGGGAAGGCGGCGGGGAAGGCGGGGAAGAAAUUGGAUUGA